CUUAAUAAAUGCACUGGGUGGUAAAAUGAUCGAUAUUUUGUUUUCGACAAAGUAAGUUUUAUUUGAUGCAAAAUAAAUUCAAAAUUAAACUAUUUAGCAUCGUAGCUGUAAAUACAAGGAAGAAAGCCACGAAUUACACACACGUUGUCCUUAAGUGUUGUAUAAGCAAUGAUGAUUGGUGUACAGGCGACAUACGGGCAUUUAAAUCAAUUUAAUUUAGGGGUAGGACUCUCUGAAGCAUUGUAACUGUAACAUUUGAAGAGAACUUGAAGGCAGCACAGUGGGGCGGAAGAGUGGUGAAAAUGUUGUUGUCAUAUUUCCGUGAGGACAGUCGACUCUUCAGCUGCGGUGACCAAUAGUCAGAAUGACAGAUGUUGCAGUGAUCACCAAGAAGGUUUUACCUUCUAUGGAGGAGGAUCUGUUGACAUCUCUCGCUGCACUGGAACACUUCUACGUUGAUGAUUCAGAUUCAGAUUCAGAUUCAGAUUCAGUUCCAUUGUCAUCUGGUCAACGUUCACACAGAUUCCCUAGGAGAGAUCAGAAGUACUUGAGAAUGGUGUCAGACUUUGUGUCAAGCUAUAGAGACAUGACCGUCAGUUUAAAGACAGCUGGUGCCACGUGGAAGAUAGGAGGCCUGGAUGACACCAUUUACAGAGACCAGCACGACGAGGUGAAGGAGUGGGGAGAAUUAUACCUUCCACACGAAGUGACCAUGCAGGUUAUAGGUGUAGUGGAGGGGACCUCGUGCCCAUAUGACCAGCUCGUUCUGAUGACCUGUGAGAAGCAAGAGAUUUAUGCCUUUGAUGGAGAGGAGCUGCAUUAUGUGGGUCCAGACAUGAAGUGGGUUCGGGAUCUAGAGUAUCCACAACAAAAGAGCUACUACAAGGGGGAGGCCUUUAAACAUAUGAGCGAGGACGACUGGGAACGAGUGAGGAAGAGCUCUGUGGGGAAGAGGCUGGACCAAGAACAUGAUGAACUGGUGAAGUCCAAACAAUCCAAACUCCUGGAUAAACUCAAAUCCACCAGAUGCAACACAGGAGUCUGCAGCUGAAGCUUUCUGGUUUUGUUUGUUGUUUUAAAUAUGUGUAAAAAACAAAUGUAUAAAUGUAAACAACAAAUAGAAACCCCAUACAGGUUAAUAAUCCCACAACCCACAAGGAAGUCACAGGAGCUCCCACUGGCCAGCUAUCAUUCUCAGUGUUGUUGAAUGUAUCCAUCCAUCGUCUACCGCUUAUCCGGGAUCGGGUCGCGGGGGCAGCAGUUCCAGUAAGGAACCCCAAUCUUCCCUUCUCCGGGCCACAUCCUCCAGCUCCGACUGGGGGAUCCUGAGGCGUUC